CCGCCGACUCUUCCCCAUUCCCCACCCAGACCACGAGCUCACCGCACCGGCACCAUGGCGCCGCCGCCACGCCCGCUGAACGACGACCUCAUCGCGGAGAUCCUCCUCCGCCUCCCGCCGGACGAGCCGGAGCACCUCUUCCGCGCCGCGCUCGUCUGCAAGCCGUGGCUCCGCGUCAUCUGCGACCGCGGCUUCCGCCGCAGCUACCGCGCCUUCCACGGCGCGCCUCCCCUCCUCGGCCUCCUCCACAAGCUCAUGGUGAUGCAGGGGCCCCCGCCCGACCGCUUCGCGUCCACCACUUCAAUCCCCGAGUUCCCCCACCCGGGCUCCGACGGCCGCCGCACGCGGCCCCUCGACUGCCGCCACGGCCGCGUCCUCGUCCACAUGCUGGAGCGCGACUCGAGCCAGGGCUACCUCGUCUGGGACCCCGUCACGGGCGACCGGCACGACCUGCCCGAGCCGGACGUCGACUGGCUCAUCUACUCCGCCGCGGUGCUCUGCGCCACCGACGGCUGCGACCACCUCGACUGCCACGGCGGCCCCUUCCGCGUCGUCUUCGCGGCCACCCAUGACCGCGAGGAUAUCAUAGUUGCGAGCGUCUACUCAUCGGAGACGGGCGCGUGUAGCGUGCCAGUACGCCUCGACAACACUUGCAAAAUCUACGCCCAGCACAUGCGAGAGGGACGUGUACAUGGGCACAUGGCACCCUAUUACAUACCAUAUCUCCAGCCUAGGCGAGGCACCCUUGUCGGAGAUGCAGUCUACUUCACGGUUCGGCAUGACAACGCGAUCGUCAAGUAUGACUUGGGCAAAGAUCGAUUAUCCAUGAUUGACUCGCCGCAACCGGAAGAGUCGGACAUUGCGCUCAUGGCCAUGGAGAACGCUUCGCUGGGAUUUGCCUGCAUUCAGGAUUCCAGACUUUAUACAUGGUUAAGGAAGGUGGAUACAGAAGAAGCUGCUGAAUGGGUACAAUACAGGGUCAUUGAGCUGGAGAAAACAGUACCUGUUGUGAAUCCUGAUGACGAACCAUUAGUGGUCGGCUUUGCAGAGGGUGUGGAUGUCAUCUUUGUUAGCUCAGGUGUUGGCUUAUUCACGAUCAAGCUCAAUUCUGGACAGGUUAAGAAGGUUGAUGAGUCUGGAGUAUAUUUUAGCGUCUUGCCCUACAUGAGCUUCUACACUCCAGAUCGUGGAAGAUUGUUGUCGAUAGCAAGGACUCACUGAUCUCUGAUGUCCCGCUCACUAAUAGUGAUGUAUUGCAAAAUGGACAAAUCCAUCAUCUUUUAGUGUGCUGCUGUUUUUCCUUCCAAGCUACUAAUAUCAGGUUGCUUUGUCAAUUGUGAU